AUGGGGGCCAAGGCUUUCCGUGGAAAGAAGGUCCAUGGAGAAUAUGACAUAAAAGUUGAACAGGCAGAAUUUUCAGAAAUCAACUUGAUAGCCCAUGCUGAUGGCAAUUAUGCAGUAGAUAUCCAAGUAUUUCGAAAUGGCACUAAAGUUGUCAGAUCAUUCAGGCCUGAUUUUGUCCUCAUUCGGCAACAUUCAUUCAGUAUGGCAGAAAAUGAAGACUUCCGCAACUUGAUCAUUGGAAUGCAGUAUGCAGGCAUCCCCAGUGUCAACUCCCUGGAAUCAAUCUAUAACUUCUGUGACAAACCCUGGGUGUUUGCCCAGCUGGUGUCUGUCUACAAAACUCUGGGUCCAGAGAAGUUCCCAUUAAUUGAGCAGACAUUCUACCCAAAUCAUAAGGAAAUGCUGACAAUGCCAACGUUUCCUGUUGUUGUGAAGAUUGGGCAUGCUCAUUCAGGCAUGGGAAAGAUCAAGGUAGACAACCACUACGACUUUCAGGACAUAGCCAGCGUGGUUGCACUUACUCAGACCUACGCCACUACUGAACCCUUCAUAGACUCCAAAUACGACAUCAGGAUCCAAAAGAUAGGCAGUAACUACAAAGCGUACAUGAGGACUUCCAUAUCCGGCAACUGGAAGACAAACACGGGCUCGGCAAUGUUGGAACAAAUUGCUAUGUCAGAUAAGUACAAGCUCUGGGUUGACACCUGUUCUGAAAUAUUUGGUGGUUUGGACAUCUGUGCUGUUAAAGCUGUACAUGGAAAGGAUGGAAAAGAUUAUAUUUUUGAGGUCAUGGACUGUGCAAUGCCUCUCAUUGGUGAGCAUCAGACUGAAGACAGACAACAUAUAACCGAACUAGUCAUAAGCAAAAUGAACCAAAUGUUGUCCAAAACUCCUAUACCAUCUCCUCAGAGACCCACUGCCACUCAGCAGCCUCAGAGUGGAUCACUAAAGGAGCCAGAGCCAAACAAAAUCCCACCUCAGCGACCACCACCUCAAGGGGGCCCAGUGCAACCCCAAGGAAUGCAAUCCCAAAGCCAGGAGCCAUUGCAGCCACAGCGCAUGUUCCCCCCUGGGCAGGCAGCAAAGCCCUCAGCUUCCCAGCCCCAGCGCCCACCUGGACCUACAACGCAGCAGCCGCGUGCCCAGGCGCCAGCUCCCUCCAGCAGCCGGUUGUCAGUGGAAGCAGAGCCGCAGCCACAGCCCGCUCCGCAACAGAAGCCUCAGUCUCAUCCGCAACUUAACAAGUCGCAGUCUUUGACAAAUGCCUUCAGUUUCACAGAAUCUUCCUUCUUCCGAUCAUCUGUGAACGAAGACGAAGCAAAAGCUGAAACUAUUCGAAACCUGAGGAAAUCAUUUGCUAGUCUUUUUUCUGAUUAACCAGCUUCAUCUAAUUGCACACAGCAUAUAGUCUAUGAUGUGAAUGUUAUAUAGGUUUUGUUUUCCCUGUGAUAAUACCCACCUCUACUGUGCUAACUGUUGUACUAAGCAAUAUGUUAAACUUA